GAUUGAUUGGCACACGCGCUGUGAACGCAUUCCGCGCGGGGUGGGGGUGCGCGUCGCGUCGCGGGGAGGAGACGCCAGAGAGACGCGUCGCGGGCGGAGCAGAGCUGCAGGGAGUUGCGCGCUGAACGCCGGUGGUCGCGGUUCUGCUCGCCUGGAACGGAGCGCACCGGAUCGAACGGAAAGCGCCGCCGGUUCACCGAGAGUUACCGAGCAGAAAGAGAUGGUGGAUAACUGCGGCAGCGGCAAAACCCAGAUGGAGGCUGGUUUGGGCUCCGCAGGAGUGAAGCUGGAGCAGAUGAUGGAGCAUCUUCAGCAGCAGCAGCAGGCGCGUCUGGAGACGGAGCACAAGGAGCGCAGGCUGCGUGAAGCUCACAUCAUGUACGCGCAGCAGCUCGCGGCUCAGCAGGCCAUUCUGGCCGCCGCUCGGGCUUCAGGGGCCGGGUUCAUGAGCAGGGGCCUCGGCGCUUCUGGGGCCGGACAUCCGUCCCGUGUCUCCAAUCAAAGCAGUUUGGACUCGGAGCGCGAGGAUGAACGCGACCGGGACUCGUAUGAUGACGGGAUGAUGGAGGGCGAUGAAGGUAGCGAGGAAGAUGAGCGGCCCUUCGGGAGCUUCUCGGGCCCCGGGGCCGCCGCAGAUGCGCAGAGAGCUCCGUCACACGCCGUCAGGGUCAAACAGGAGCCAGAGGACGAUCUCUCACCCGUCGGGCGACCGUCUGUGUCUUCUCCUAACGGCCAAACGGACUGGAGCUACGAGGAUCCCUUUAAAGCGAAUGGAGGUGUAUCCUGGCCGGAUGAAGUGGAUGUUGCUCGUGGAAGAGGAGAAGUGUCCAGAGAUUUCGCCAAGUUAUAUGAGCUGGACAGUGAUCCGCACAGGAAGGAGUUUCUGGACGACCUUUUCACCUUCAUGCAGAAACGAGGGACUCCGGUGAACAGGAUCCCCAUCAUGGCGAAGCAGGUUCUGGAUCUGUACAUGCUGUACAAGCUGGUGACGGAGAAGGGCGGACUGGUGGAGGUCAUCAACAAGAAGAUCUGGAGAGAGAUCACCAGGGGUCUCAACCUGCCCACGUCCAUCACCAGCGCCGCAUUCACGCUCCGCACACAGUAUAUGAAGUAUCUGUAUCCGUACGAGUGCGAGCGGAAGGCGUUGAGUUCUCCCAGCGAGCUGCAGACCGCCAUCGACAGCAACCGGCGUGAAGGCCGUCGACCCAGUUACAGCAACUGCCUGUUCCGCUUUAGCCCCUCCCCCGGCUCCGCCCCUCACCUCCUGACCCCACCCAAGAUGCACCUGUCAGCGCUGGGGGCCAUAGGGGCCCUGAAUGGACUGCAGGUGUCCCCGGGGCCAUCUCUAAAGAAGGGACUGGAUGAAGGCCGCUCGUCCUCGGUGGCGCUGGUGUUGGGGCAGCAGCAGAUGGCGGGUCUGGCGCGGGCCGCGACACUGGAGCAGCUCCGAGAGAAGCUGGAGACGGAGGCGCCGGAGAGAAAGAUGCUGCGUCUGGCCGAGGAGCAGCAGAGACUCAUGCAGCAGGCCUUCCAGCACAACCUGCUCGCCGUGGCCUCGCAGAUCCCCGUCAACCUGCGGCUCGGAGCUCCGGCCCGGGAUGAGAAGCAGGAUCUGGCCGUGAGUAUUUCCUCCAGCGGAGCGGCGAGUAUCAGCAUGUCAGUGGAAGUCAAUGGCAUCGUUUACUCAGGAACUCUGUUUGCGCAGAAGUCUGCGGCUGUGAAUGCGUCUGCUGCACCUGGACCCAGCUUCACCUUCUCUAGCUCCGCCCCCAGCCAAAGCCCCGCCUCUUCCUCCUCCUCUAAGGGGCGGAGCUCAGCAGAGCCAUCCACCAGCGGCUCUCCAUAACACGAUUGCUGAAAAUCAAACCGUUGCACAACCAGUACCUCAGUCUCUCCUGUCCGCACGUUUGCAAACAUUUACACGCGUGAAAUAACACGGCUGGGCCUCAUUCAUGAACCACGAGUUACUCGUUCAUAACCAAUCACAAUCAAUUCAAUGCAACAGUUACGUCAGACUUGGAUGCAUGAACGAUUCACAUAGAAAUUCACGCUCGUGUUUCAUGAACGACGUCCGAAAACGCUAAAUACAAUCAGAACGUUCAGCCAAACGACGGGCAGGUUUUACAGAACUUGAAGUUUUUUUUAUUUAGAGUGUGUUUCGAUCUGUCUUCUGAUUAUGUUUCGUGACUCUGUGAUCUUUCUCAGCGGUGGAACGUCUCUUACCUCAGGAUGUGUACUUUAGGCUUUCUCCAUGUUUUGUAGAAUUGGUUUGAAUUGGUCGGGAUCAGAAGCGCUGACGGGACCUCACUGAUUCUGCUCUGUGCAGGUUCUUGGGAAUAUAUCUGCUGUUCUGCAGCAUAUUUGUUUGAUGAAGUCAGAGCCUUUCUGUCUACAAGAACAACCGUCGAAUACCUCAGAAACCAGCUGAAUGUCUCAGUAGAUGUUUAAACGAACAAUCGGCCCAAAAACAAAUAAUUUCAUCCGGAUCUCAGGGCAGGUUUUAAAUAUGUGGGUGAAUCUCAUGAUUAAAUCUAAAGAACAUUUACUGUAUAACACAUGCACAUUUUCUUUUAUAUACAUAUGUAUGCACAUAUUUACAUACAUAUUUUAGAUUUUAAUAAGUGAAUAUAAAAGUGGAUCUCAUGAUCUCCAUAGAAUGUAUAAGAAAUAAGAAAUGUUGCAUUAUUUCAGAAGUUUGGGAUCAGUAAGAUUUUUAAGGUUUCUCUUCUGCUCAUCAAGGCUGUAUUUAUUUGAUCAAAAAUACAG